AUGAGGGGCAACGUCGACGAGCUCCUCCCUGGCCGCGUCAGGGGCUCCGGCCUCCCUCCCUAUCGCCCACCGCAAGCCGGAGCAGGAGACGCGUGGGCGACUCCGGCCUCACCCUACGCCCGGCAACUCCACUUUGGUGGGUCGUCGGCGGCGGCAGCCGGUCGCGGAGGAGGAAACGGUGGCGUAUUCCCCGAUGGGUCAUCGUCGGGGGCAGGCGGCGUUCGUCAGCGCGUGAAAUCGUCUGGCGCAGUACCCGGCCGACAGCGCACCAACACGGCGUUACAUGGCGACGGCAGCCAGCGCAUAAACACGGCGAUCCAUGGCGGUAGCGGCCAGCGCGUACUGCGUCCCCGAGCACCGAGGGCACCGAGGAGUGCCGUCCGUGGGCAAGCAUCCGGCUCCGGCGCUCCCUUCGACAUCGAUGAAGAAUUGGAGGAUGAUGUGGAGGAGUUAGCGAGCUCCGGCGGUCCCCUGAAAAAACAAUACCUAAAGAGUCUGCAGUGGGGUCCUCUAGGAAACGAGGAGUUGCUUGAUGAACUAUUCAGAGGGUUAGCUAUCGAUGGAAGCACAGCCUUUGUGCCUGGAGAUGAUUAUGUGAAGAAGAGCAAGAGCCCAAUGGUGAAGAUUGUGAAGGACAUAGCCAAUACCUUCAAAGACUCUGUCAAAGUCAACACUACUCAAAUACAGAAAUGUGCAAGUGACAAGGCAGCAUGUUCUGUCGAGAGGUGUCAGGAGCUGGCAUUUGAGUGUGGCGUUGAGGAAACCGUUGACUCUGUCUAUGCUAUGUCCAAGAUGUUCGAAAAAGAGUACCAAAGGCAGUUCUUCUGUGGCAAAUUAACUCCUCAGCUUAGGUUGGGUUACUUCAAGAAAUGGUGCAGGGACAACAAUCUGAGCUUAGGAGGUGUUGAGUAG